CAAAUCUCCGUCUCCAGGCAGCAUUGUAUUGUACUCAUAUACCCAACUUGCAGGAAUUUUAAAUCUGCCGCCGGAAAUUAAUGAGAAUUACAAUCCUCCCAUAAAAUAUUCUUGCUCAACCUCAAGAACAUACAAUCAUAGAUUGUGAUUGUGAUUCUAGCUACAAUCAUUUUUUUACAAUCUUGUACUCUUGCUCAACCUGUCUAUUGUUAUUAUCACUCGAGUGUUUUUGCUGAUAACAAUGGGCUCAAAUUUCAUUCAUUUCACUUACUAGUACAUAUACAUAAAUGCAUAUUAAAUAUUAUUAUAGUUUUGCAGUUGGUUGGAUUUGGUUUGAAGAUUUGCAUAUCACAAUACAAAAUAGCAAAUAGUGGAUCUUUCUAUUCGAUAUUUCCAAUUGUGCCUGGAGUUGUUUCACUUAAUACAUGACUCUAAUCAAUAGGGCCACAAUCUCCAACAAAGGUGAAAAGGUAUGAGUGAUGUCCGAGGGCCCCGUGGGGGGGAUGGGGGACGAGGUCGCGGCCACCAACGAGGACGAGGAAGAGGUGCGGGUAGGAGUAGCGGAGGUUUUCAAAACAAUCAUCCAGAAAAUGCUCAAAGAAGGGGAGGAGGAACCAGGGGGAAUGGUGGUCUUGGUACAAACCAUUAUCGGAAUCAAACUGAUAACCAUAAUACUGGUACAGUGGAAGAGGGCCAGCCGGCUCAUCGUGAAAGAAAUGAAAAUCACAACCAUUUUGAAAGGAGAGGACCCGUAUUUGGAUUCAAAAGGCUACACGGUUUCUUAGAAUUAACCUCUGACGAAGUCAUUCUCUCGAUUGCAAAAGACAGCAAACACUGGGAAGAGUUUUUAAAAUCAGACGAUGUCAAACCGACAAACCCAAGGAAUUAUUUACACUUAGUAAUGCAAAUUCUAACAAAGAAAGUUAUUGGAGAAACGUCAUUGCCAAAUCAGCAGGUGGAUAUCUGUGUUCCAACGACGUGCGAAAAUUUUCGAAGAUACAUACAGGAUCAAUGUUCAAUGGCGCCAAUGGCUUCGACACAACGAAAUCAUGCUAGGGUUGGUAAUUCCGAUAGUGGUUUCACAGAAAUCGACAAGUCGCUGGAAACAUUUCUACAAAAUGUUUUCGCAUAUUGCGAGUUCAUGCUAAAGAAAAUGCCAGAAAUUUCUAUUGACUUUCUCCAAUCCAUUGUUUUGACUGCUUUUGGAGCUGCUACGUUAAGGUCAAGUGAUCCAGUAUUUUCCACAUUAAAAGAAAAUUUUGAACGCCUUAAUAAAGAAAAGGAGCAGCUUGUGGAGAAGUUGAAGGCACAAGAAAUCAAAGCAAAUAAAUUAUAUUUAAGAAGGAGACAAGAAUUUACAGAUGACGAAGUAAACGAACUGCAUAGUAUGGAGGCACCAGAAGAUUUUAAAGAGUUGUCAAUUAUUCCAACAGUCACUGAAUUGAUGUCAAAGGAGCAAGUGUUUCUUCGACCAAAUAAAAUAACUGGUGCUUAUCAGGAUGCGCACCACUACUUGGAUGUACAAUUCCGAUUACUAAGGGAAGACUUUGUUCGACCUUUGAAACAAGGAGUACAAGAUUUUAUGAAAUACAGGUCAGAGUAUAUGAGCAAGAAAAAGAAAAUACCUCUUGGGACCAUUCGCAUUUACAACGAUGUGCAAAUCGUCAGUGUAGAAUUGAUUCGGGAUAUGACAAUUUAUAAAAUUCAACUUCUGGAAGAGAGUUACAAGAAAAUUCGUUGGGAAAAAUCCAAAAGGUUUCUUCCUGGAUCUCUACUUGUUUUUACAGCAGACCUAUUUAAAAGCGCAUAUUUUGCUAGCGUUGCAAGUCGUAAUAUAGAAGAAUUAAAGAAAGGUAUAUUAAGUGUUGUUUGGGAGGGAGAUGGCCCCAUGUGGGAUCGGGAUGAUGAGUAUCUGAUGGUGGAAUGCGAAGUGUACUUUGAAGCUUACAGACAUUCUUUACAAACUUUGAAGGAACUGGAAUUAGAGCAAUUUCCUAUGUACAAGUUUAUAGUCGAAGCUUCGUCGGAUGUUUCUCCUCCUACAUAUCUGGAAAAUGCCACUGACUUUAUGAAAUUACAACUACAAAAUGGAGAAGAAAAAUAUUUCUCACCUUUGCUAGAGGACAAGUGGCCUUCUUCUGAAGAAUUGGGAUUAGAUCCCAAUCAGUUUAUCGCAUUCCAAGCUGCGAUUACUAAACAGUUUGCAAUUAUUCAAGGCCCUCCGGGAACAGGAAAAACAUUCCUAGGUUUGAAGAUAGCAGAAACAUUAUUGACAAAUUUGAACUUUAACGGUCCAAUUCUUGUGGUGUGCUAUACAAAUCAUGCUCUGGAUCAGUUUCUCGAAGGGAUUAUGGACAUCUAUGAGAAAACGAUUGGAGGGGAAGCACCUAUUGUACGCGUUGGAGGGCGAUGCCAGUCCGAAAGGCUGAACGACUAUACCCUUGCAAGUGUCGGAAGAAGAAAGCGUCACAUGAUGCCAAAAGGUUUUUGGCCAAACAGAGGUGAAAUAGUUUCUAGAAUUGAUGAAUGUCGUUUCCGACGUUCUACUAUCAUGGAUGCAAUAUCAUCUCUUCGAGAUCUUCAAGGCAUUGUUGAUUUUGAGCAUCUCUCUGCCUGGAAUCAGUUGUCCAUCGAAUUUUCCACAGCAAUGUGGAAAUGUUUCAAAACCCCGAGCUGGUUUGGUUUAGCUGACGAAAAUUUUAAAUCCCAGAAUUUUGACGAAGAAGAUUAUAUCCGAAGAUACUUUGAAAUUGGGGAAGUUCCAAGAGGAAAGAUUAGAAAAGUGAUUGGACGCAAUAACCAGCCAGCAUCUGCUUCAAAUAUGGGCAUCAACCCCAACGGAAAUAACAAUGAGGCAGAAGAUUCGGACGAAUAUGAUGAGGACUAUGAUGUAAAUGAGUUGCUAGCAGAGCGUCUUGUAGACGACAUUUUUGCCGAGGUGGACACCAAAAAGCAAACUGUGUCUGGAAAGUUUCUCAGUUAUGUGGAUAAUCUUUCUCUCUAUUCUUUGGACAAGAGCAUAAAACAUUUGCACAUUGAGAUCACAAAACUACGUGAAGAUAGGAAAAAUCCGAAUCGGGAGCAAUCCAUAAGUAAAUAUGAAAACGAAUUGAGAAUUUUCCAAAACAAACGCAAUUUUUUGGAUCGUAUCUUCUUCUACUAUACAAGUGGUCGGAUUGAGCUGCCGGAUGUCACUGAUCUGAUAGCAGAAAUUAAAGCUUGCAGAAUAAGUGAAACAAUUUUGCAACGAAUUACACGAAGCGAACGAUGGGCCCUUUAUUUGUCAAUUGUUGAUCGUUCUCGUGUUAUCUCUGCCGAACAAGCAGCGGAAGCAGGGAAGGAAUUGGUUAGGAACCAACAGAACUUGCGAGAAAGCCAAAGACUUGUGGACGCAGUCAUUUUGCAGAAUUCUAAAGUUUGUGGGAUGACAACUACUGGCGCCGCAAAGUAUAACGAACUCUUACGAUUGACGCGAUCUAAAGUUGUAAUCGUGGAGGAAGCUGCAGAGGUUUUGGAAGCGCACAUUGUGACAUGUAUUACUCGCCAUUGUGAGCACUUAAUUUUGAUUGGCGAUCACCGGCAACUGAGGCCCAAUCCAACCGUUUACGAACUGGCAAUCAAGUUUAAUUUGAAUAUAUCUCUCUUCGAGAGAAUGAUAAAAAAUAACUUAAAUUGCUACCAACUGAAAGUUCAACACCGAAUGAGACCAGAAAUUGCUAACCUGGUGGUUGACACAAUCUACAAAGAGCUUCAAAACUAUCCCAAUGUUUAUAAAUACCCAUCAGUGAUCGGAGUUACUAAGAAUUUGUUUUUCAUUUCACACACGGAACUGGAAAAAUUUGAAAAGGAUUCUUUAAGCAAAUGUAACAAUUUCGAAGCCAAAUUUCUGUCUGCAUUUUGCCGAUAUUUGAUUCUUCAGGGAUAUGGACCGGAUAAAAUUACUGUGUUAACAACAUACCUUGGGCAAAUGUUUCUGAUAAAGAAACAUAUCUCGGAGAUACCCAAUUGUCACGGCAUUCGGGUGACUUGUGUUGACAAUUUUCAAGGCGAAGAAAACGAUAUUAUCUUACUUUCACUUGUUCGAAGUAACGUUGAAAGCAAAAUAGGAUUCCUGAACAUAGAAAAUAGGGUCUGUGUAGCAGUUUCUAGAGCCAGGCAUGGACUCUACAUUAUAGGCAACAUGGGCUUGCUGUCAUCAAAAAGUAAAAUUUGGUCCCAAAUUCAGGAAAAGUUGGAAGCUCGAAACGAAAUAGGGUCUUUUCUUACGUUAGAGUGUCAAGUUCAUGCUACAAAGACCAAAGUUGAAUCCGGAAAUGAUUUUCAAUCUAACGCACCCGAAGGCGGGUGUCGAUUGGUAUGUGACGCACUGCUAGAGUGUUCUCACAGAUGCAUCAAAGUGUGUCAUAUCAAAGACCGUGAACACGAGAAAUACGACUGUCGAGAACCUUGCUUGAAGUCCUGCAUCAAUGACCAUCCUUGCCAAUUCCCUUGUUUUCGAAAAUGUCCUCCAUGUCCAGUAAUUAUCAAAAAAUCUCUUCCGCAAUGUGGCCAUGAAGUUGAUAUGGCAUGCUACCAAAAUCCGGCGGAGCAUUUAUGCAAAAUAUUUAUGAACAAGAAGCUGCCAUGCGGUCAUGAAACCGAAUUGGUUUGUCAUCUCGACCCUGCAGAAUAUACGUGUAAAAUAAAAAUGAGAAGAAUCUUGAUGUGUAGUCACGAACGAGAAUUGGAAUGUCAUGUCGAUAUAAAUUCUGUGACAUGCAAAAUUAUUAUUGAAAAGGAGCUUCCCUGUGGACACAAACAGAAUGCAGAGUGUAGAUUUUCUCCGGAUGUGAUCAAAUGUAUGAGCCUUGUGAACAAGACGCUAACAGAUUGUGGACAUGUGAUGGAGGUACGUUGUGGCGAACAAUCAAAACCAGUACUUUGCAAGAAUCAGUGUUCUAUCCGUUUGUCUUGUGGACAUGCUUGUACUAAGUACUGUCACCUCACAGAAGAUCCUCAGCACCUAAAUUACCUGUGUAGAAAAGAUUGUAGCAAAAAAUGUUCUGAAGGUCACACGUGUGCUGCAAAACAUAAAUGUAAUACUCCGUGUCCCCCUUGUUUGAAUAUCGUAUCGAGAAAAUUGGAUUGCGGUCACAUUAAGGAUUUACCGUGUCACAUUGACUUCACCCAAAACGAGUGUUUGGAACCUUGUGAAAGAAUUUUGAAUUGCCGACAUAGGUGUCAAAACUUGUGUUUUCAACCAUGUGGACCUUGCCAGACAAUUGUUAAGAAAAGAAAUGAAUGUGGACACACGAUUUCAAUUCAGUGUCAUAUCAGACCAUCUCAAGAUCUUUGUGUCGAACUUGUUGCUCCAUUCAACCGUUCUCUCUGCGGUCACCAUUUUCCAGUUCCUUGUAACGUUCGUCAAACUGCUGACCCAAUUGAGAUUUCGGCCUUGUGCACAAAUCCGUGCAAUGAAGUAUUCUCUGUUGCUGAAGGUGGAUGUGGUCAUACGUGUAAGGGAACAUGCUCUAGUUGUUGGCAAGGUCGUCUACACAAUAAAUGUCAAGAGAAAUGUGGCCGUACACUUGUCUGUGGCGACGUCUGUGAUUUUCCUUGCUCAAAAUCCUGCCCACCAUGUAAUAAAAAAUGUCACAUGAAGUGUGAGCACUCGGAAUGCGGAGAAAAAUGUGGCACGCCCUGUCUGGAUUGCAGUGAGCGAUGCCCCUGGAGGUGCAUGCACAAGACUUGUACGAAACUUUGUCGAGAACAAUGUGAUAGAGAUCCUUGUAAUGAGCCAUGCACUCGGCCUUUGCCUUGUGGACAUACAUGUAUUGGCUAUUGUGGCGAGCCAUGCCCCCCACAUUGUCGUAUUUGCGACAGAGAACAUUUAGCUGAGUUCAUCCUUCUUGGCAAUGAGGAAGAUGCAGAUGCCAGGUUUAUUUUCUUGCCUGACUGCAAGCAUUCUAUUGAGGCAGAAGGACUUGAGUACCAUAUGAAUUUGGACGCUAGUGAAAUUGGGAUGAAAGAAUGUCCUAGAUGUAGAACGCUCAUCCGAUAUUGUCGGCGGUUUAAUAAUGCCAUACGGAAACGGUUAGAAGAUGUUGUUGUCGUAAAGAAGAAAAUGUUUGGAAACCUAGAAAAUGUUAAGGCUGUUCAGAAUGAAGUAAUUCAAAAGCUACGUUGGCACGAUAGGCAAAGAUGGAGCCGAAAUUUUCAAACUUUUCAUCAGUUUCUACUGAAUAAAGUUGUCGACAUUGUUCCGGUUACAGUUAACAAAGGAAGUAAUGCAGAACGUUUGAUACCCAAAAAGGUUAACGAACAGGAACUUGAAUCCAUCAAGUUUUUGGUUACUUGCGCAGAAGGUGCAAUUGAUGUCCUAAUGAAAGGUCGACAAGAAGACGGGUUCAAGCCAGAGCUACUUGGCGAUCUUCAUAGAAGAUAUCGACAACUGUUUACGAAUAUACAAAACAGACAGCUACCAUUGGGCAAACUUGAAAUUAGAGAUAUUUCUCUUGAACUUUUACGAUUGUUCGACAUAAAUCAAGUGUACCUCAGACGAUCUAAUCCUCGUUUUACGGAUGGACAUUCUCAGGCGACUUCCAUUUAUGGUCGAAUACUUAAAAUUGUAAAUGAGCCGAAACCAUACACUGGGAUGAGGAAACAGGAACUGCAUAAUUUGCUAAGCCAAUUGGAAGAUACUUUGAAAACAGGUUUGGGAAUUUCCCAAAUGGAAAUACAGCAAAUUCUUCGUUCUUUCGAGGAGAAGGGUGAAGGAGCACGCGGACAUGGUUCAAGUGCAAAAACGGUCACUACUACAUAAUUGGAGAUUGUGGCGGAGCGAUGGUAGAAUCAAAAUGCCUCGAAUGCAAUGCAACUAUUGGUGGAGGCAACCAUGCUAUUCGACCGGAUAACCAACUUGCUCCUGAAGUGGAUGGUGCAACGGCAUCUCUCUGGCCGGGAAAUUAACUGAACCUUGCCAUGAAAUUAUGUUGGGUGCAAAUUUUGGUGCUGAUGGUUUAACGCCUUAACAUUUUUUAGACGAUGUUUUUCCUUACUUUAAGACUGAUACAGAUUCUGGAUCAGUUUAAUAAAUUUUGCCAUUGCUUGAUGAUUGUCGAUACAAA